AUGUCAAAUAUUAACUCUUCUUCCCAGAAACGAGGCCCACCUACCUCCAUUUCUGUUCCUCGUAAGGAUAUUACGAAGCCUUUGACUCGUAAUGGAACGUUCAAGCAUGUCGUCGCUGACCCCGAUGCAGAUUUUCUUCAUAAGAAGAAAAUAGCUACUGCCACGGCUCGCCGCUUAGCUGGCUCUCCUGACUCACCUGAUUCAUCAUCAAUCACCUUUGUCUCUUCAGGUACCAUCCCCAAUGGUCAAAAACCUGCUUCUUCUCAAGCAUCUUCUGCUGUUCCUUCUGCUACCAUCACUGAACUCGAUGAUAGCUUAAUCAUGUCCUCUCUGGAUUCGUCCCUCCCUCCCGUAUCACCUAAUAUAGCUGGUGAACAUUAG